AAGAUAAACUUGGCUAUCUCUAUAGUAUUACUGAAAUAACUAUGAUAAAACAUUCAAAUAGAACUACCUGUUCAUAUAUACCAGUACCAAAAUUGCGUAUUAAACUAAAAAAAACUAAAUAUGAAGAAAUCGAAGAAACCUCUGUAUCUGAUAAAACUUCAGAGCAUAGUAAUGUAGAACAUACUUAUUGGUCCUCUGAAGAACUUUUAACUGAAGAAACUGAGAGCAUAUUGAUCACAGGCUAUAUCUUGUUAAAUAAG